UGUCGCACACGCUAGUUUCGGCUUGCACGAUCAACUUGUUUUUCUAGCCGCGUUCACGAACGGGACGAUCUCCCUAGUGUGUCUAUAGAGAAAAUCAAAACAACAAGGAAUCAUCGAGUGUGCGCUUCAAACUUUUUCCGUGUGGAUGGAUUGAAUUGUUUGUUGCCCAAACACGUUUUAAAGACUUCAUUAAAUUAUUUAAAAGAAAAACCAACAAACAAAAAAUUUAGUUAGGAGGAGAUUUGACGGUUAAUGGAAUGGCCAAUCACUGUCACAUACAUCAAAAUCAGCGGGCCGGUUUGGCUUUGUUGCCCAGUGCUGUCAUCGUCAUUGUUGUGUGGGGUGUCGUUUGCUCCGGCUGUGCCGCUUACACAAUCCGACAUCAUCAUCAGAACAGCCGGCCCAGUAAUAAAGGACAUCAGCUCGUCAGUCCGGAUGAACACGCUGAUGCGGAAGCGACGACAGCCGACCAACUGGACAUUGAUCGUUUCUACUUCCCAACCGACGAGGGUCUCAGAGAGUUCCAGCAAAUUCUCUUGCGUGAAUUGGGACUCACGAAAGUACCUGACCUCUCCAAGGUAAACAUAACGCGCGAUGAAUACGAUCGACAACGUCAACAGUUGCUGAACAACUUUGGCGAAGACGACGUGGACGAGUACCGCCAAUUUGCCGCCAAUCCCGAAGACGAAGAAGAGCCGCACCGUGAGACGGUCAUCCUCAAUCAUCGAGAUGUCGGGGCUGGCCGGCGUCACGUUGGGUCACGCGGAGUCGCUUGGAAAUUGCGUUUCCGGGCUCCGCGUUCGAGCGACGAAAACAAUCGAUGGCAAGCGGAAUCUUCUCAUCCGCUGGAAUUGCGCUGGUUGUCUGAUCGAUCUCACUCGUCCGAUUCUCUAAUGAAGAAUCCGUUACGCAGUCUCAGGUCGUACAGUUUGCACGUCCGCAUCGAAUCCGAUGGCCACAGCAACAGCCGACACGUCGUAGUGAUCCGACCGGAAGAUUUCGAUGAUGUCUACUACAACAACAGCAUCAAACCCGACCUGAAAGACGGCGGGCAACUGUUGGACGAUUGGUUAAACCAGUUGGACAACGACGAUCACGUUUUGACGGUCAGCGUCGCGUGUCACGGUCGUGAUUGUCAUUGGCUUCGGCGCUGGCGCCUUAGCGCACAGCUGCGCUUGACCGUCUCAUCGAGGGCAUCGAAUCGAAUCAAACGCCACGCUGGCAAGAAGAAUACGAAGAGCAGCAACAACAGCAAGAACAACAACAUGAGCAGCAAGAAUCGAUUACCUCAACAACCCAAGGACAUUCUGCUUGGCCAAUUCUCGGCCAGCAAGAAGGGCGUCAGGGCUAGUGGUAAAUCCAGCGGAAGUGACUGUUCCAGCAGUUCGAAGAAAAGCAAGAAAUGCUGCCCGCAUUCGUUGAAGAUCAACUUUCGCCAAUUGCCCGGUUUCGAUUGGAUCCUGGAGCCGAGCGAGAUCGACAUCUUCAUGUGCAAAGGCGAUUGUCAUUACGCCCAGUUCACUGCGCACGGGCACCAUCAGCACGCCAGCAACCCAGCCAGCAACCACGCCCUGUUCCAGGGUUACUUGCACACCAUCAACAAGCGGCUCGUACCCAAACUGUGUUGCACGCCAAGCAAGUUGGACAGCGUUCAGGUCGUCCACUACGAUCAAGACAAUCCAGCUCAGUUGACGACAACCAAAUGGGAAGGCGCCAUUGUUAGAGAAUGCGCCUGUGCUUGAAAUUCCUCCCCCCCCUCCUCUCUUUGUUUUUUUCUUAAUUAUUUAUUAGGUAACUGCGUGACUAUGUUUUAAAAAAGAAAUUCCAAGCUGAAAAGAAAAUUUUAUCAAAAAACUAUUUCGCUAGAGCACUUAAGCAAAACGAAAAGAAUGAUGUCGCUAUUUAUUUUGGCAAGCUCUAUUUUUCGCCCCUCAUCCAAAAGUCUCUCUCAGGCUAUGAUUGCGUCACCAAUAUUUCGAGCGUGUACACACGCUCACGUUGUGUAGUGACUGCUACCCUAGAGCAGUGCAGGAGAAAAGAAAAAGCAAGACUAGUCGUGUAUUUUUUUUUCAUUUUUGUUCUGUAAAAUGAUGGAGUCGUGUAUAUUUGACCUCUUCCAAAGCCAAUAGUUUUGUUGUAUUAUCUGAAUUUAUGUCCUGAGGGGAAGACGAUAAUUUUCUUAACCUUUUAUUGGGACAACAAAAAAACCAGUAAGAUAAGGGAAAAAUGUUUUGCGAUAUUUUUUUUUUCUUUUUCAGUACACAGUGUAGACGAAUGAAAAGCAUAUUUUUGUAUGAACCAAUCAAGGCUGUUCUAAAUUAUUGGCUCUUUGUAACUUUUCUUUAACCAUUUUUUGUUCCAUCUUAAAAUAUCCCUCUGUGUGUGUCUCAAUUACCACCACCACUGUUGGAUACAACCGCCAAUGAUCUGUAUCUAAUUAUGUGAUGACUAAUGUCUGUCCCAUCAAACUAAAACUAUCUCCGAACAAAUGCAUUUUUUUAAACUUCGUUAUUUUGGAA